AUGAUUGGUGUACCGUUGUCAGGGCAACAUGGGGACAUAUAUGGAGAACUAAAGAUUAAUGCCAACCAUAUCGACAUAAUGUUAUCUGUUAUUAUUUCGACGACUCUGUUACUGGUGCAUCUAAAGGCGGUACCUUUAAAUUACGCUAGUAGCACCGAAAGUGCUGAUCUUUUUACAAAUGUGACACUCAUUUUUGUCACUGUGGAAAAUGCGACCACGAAAUCGGAAUUAAAUAACGAGGUCAAUUCAGAUAUUGCCUUACUCGAUGGUGGCAAUGACAUUCGGAAUAGUAAAACACAACCUGGGGAUAUUGGAAGCAGUAUUCCAAGAGAACCGUCACCAAACGACAUCGGCCAACCAACCAACGAAAUUAAGCAUAGAAUUGACUUCAGUGAUAAUUCUGAUAAUGACCUUACUGUUACACCUCGUCUUAGUGAAAACUCUGGAAUUACGUUCAAAAGUCCACCAGAUGAAGGUGCUGAAGGGAAAAAUGGCGGUGAGAGCUACCUGUUUAAACCGUUGUCACCCUCAAAUAAUAUAGGCGGUGAUAUUUCUGACAUUGUUGGUAACAACAGUACUAUGAUUUCAGAUAUCGGAAGUACCAGUAUUUCUGAAAGUUUAGUAAAUGAAUCCGUUCCAAAUAGUGAUAAUGGUGGUAUUUCUUUCACUGAUCCUUAUGGAGACAUUGAAGGUUUCGAGAAUCAUGGAAAUACGCGAUCCACAGAGUCAUUUACUGAAAAUAAUGGCAAGGAGAACUUAUCAAACGAUAAUACCAACGGCAGUGUCGAAAGCAAUUCUACUGAGAUAUUUGCUGGAGGCGUCAACGACACAGAUCUUUUACCAAAUAAUGGUGAUGGUACAAAAAGUGAAAUCAACCCUGGUAACCUACAAUGUUUUUCAAGUGAUUUUCCUCCAAACAGAAAUAAAUCUAAAAAUUUUGAUGGAAGCGAAGAAACUAAUCUGCCAUCAGUUGUAUAUGGUGGCAUUUCCGAAAGCACUAAUAACAACACGUUUUAUAAUGCCGAAAUAAGUGGUAGUUUCAAUAGUAAAACAAACAGGCCUCCAACGGAUACUAGCAAAGAAGACAUCUCUGGAAGAAAUGUUACUAAGAAGCUGCAGGAUGGAGUUGGUAAUAAUAGUCCACCAUCUAAGAAUAUGAACAAUAAUAACGUUAAUUGUGAAAUGGAAAUUAAUCAGAGCACUACAACAAGCCCAUCACCAGGACUUUUAGCAGUCACUAUUGGAGAUUCAAUUACGGUUUCUGAUAAUACCAUCAGUGGAAACAUUCUAAUUGAAUCGAUAUCGGAUUUAGAUGAUGAAAACAUUUAUGGAACUACUGUAAUUUCACCGUUCAAACUUCCAUCUACCCUUGGUGAUAGCAAUGAAAAUAAUGAUUAUAUAAUAGUUUCUGAGAAAGAUGCCAAUAUUAGCCAUAAUAACUCUUCAACUGGACCCUUACCAGAUUCUUCAGGUGAUAAAUUUAGAGCUACUUCGAUACCAAUAACUGGAGCUCUGGUAAUUAAGGGAGGUGAUGGAAAUGGUAGUAAAGCAGAUCCGGAUGACAACUCAGAUAGCUCUGUUAAUAAUCCGCCGAUGAAUAAUUAUGCAAAUAUUCUCUCUGGCCCACACCUGGGUAACAGAAGUAUUUCUGAAGGUAAUGAACGAAUUUCCGUUGUUGUUGUUCCCGGUAAAACUAACAGUCCUUCGCCUAUUGUCGAAGAAAUUAAAAAUAGUCCGCAAGAAAACUCUGAAAAUUCGCCUUCUAAAUUUCUAUUAGAUGGAAGUAAUGAUAAUGGUUCUGAAAGUAUUGCAAUUGGCAUCAAUCCGGUACCUUUAUCGAAGCCUCCAACAACUACUCCAUAUGAUAACUCAAACAGGUCGUCUACUGAGUCAGCAUUUGACACUGAACCACAUUCAGACAAUAAUGGUGCUCAAGGAAAUAAUCAAACAAUGUAUAAUAUUGACGCUAAUUUAAUUUUCCAUACAAUUCCGCCUGUUAAUUAUAGCAGUGAGGUGACUGACCACGCUAUCAUUCCUAGCAGUGAAAGAAAUCCAAACUCUGGAAUUUCACCCACUAAGCAUUCAACAAAUAAUAACGGUAGUGAAAGGCUUUCAGAUUCCAAAAAUUUGAAUGGCGUGGAAAUAACGCAAAUUCAGUCUACGAAUACUAUUUGGGAAAUCACUGGAAACGAUCGUGUUUAUGAUAUAGAUUAUUACAAUAGUAAAUUUUAUUAUCCUACAAUUGGUACGGAUGCUGAUGGCAGUAUUGGCAAUGAACAUCCUAACCUAAAUGACAGUGGAAUUAAUAAUAAUCUAACCAGUAAAAUUGGAAAUAAUGGUAGUUUGGAGGACAAGAAUAACAGGGAUGAACACGACCAUUCUCGAGAAGAGGACAACAUAACUGAUCACCUAUUUGACCACUUUGUCAAGGGUAGCAAAGAUGAAACUUGGACUUCGGGGAAAAAUAAAAGACCUGGAGGAAUUUCGCUGGUUGAGUCUUGA